AUGACAGCUUCUUGGUUACAUGCUGUACCUCACAGCCAAUAUUUUAUGGAGAAGAGCACUCCUUCAUCCACACUUUCAAGCUUAGAUCGAACUGACGCUUCCACAAUGAACUUCUCCAACGACGCCCUCCCAGCUCACUACGGCCUCAACUUCACAUCAACGUUCCACUCUAAGAUCCCCGCCAACAUCGACCCAAGCUCUGUUACCCUCCCAAGACCAUUUAUUAUCGUUGUGACGGGUGCAGGAAAAGGACUAGGGUACCAUAUCAGCCUCGCAUUUGCGCGCGCAGGAUGCUCGGGAAUCGCAAUCUCAUCACGAACAAGCUCGGAUCUCGACACGCUGGAAUGCGAAAUCACCAAGAUCGCAUCGUCAAAGAAAACCGCAAUCGAAGUGCUUAAAAUGAUCUGCGACGUGCAAAGCUCAUCCUCGGUCACAGACCUCGAGAACGCGGUCCGCGCUAAAUGGGGACGUGUAGAUGUCGUCAUAGCCAACGCGGGAGUCAUGUCAAAGUACACCGAACCUCCAUCGUCCUCCUCCGAGAGCAAGAGCAAUCUACCGCAAGGUCUUGUGCAAGAUGAUGACUGGGCAAGGGUCAUGAAUAUCAAUCUUAACGGCGUGUGGCGCGUGAGCCGCGCUUUUUUGCCGUUGCUGAGUGAGAGUAAAGACGGGCCGCAGACGUUGAUCAGCUCGUGCAGUAUGGCCGCGCACUCGGUGGUCAGCGAACUCACGCCUGUGGCGUACAACAUGAGCAAGAUGGGCGUGAUGCGGUUGAUGGAAUGUGUGGCUAAUGACCAUGGGAGAGAGGGUGUACAAGCAUUUGCGCUGCAUCCCGGGGCGGUUGUCACGCCGCAGACGAAGAACCAUGCUGGAGAUGCUUGGAGUGCGAUUUUGGCGGACGAUGAGGGAUUGGCGGGUGCGUUUUGUGUUUGGUUGAGCAGAGAAAAGAGGAGCUGGCUUAGUGGAAGGUUUGUGAGCUGUAAUUGGGAUGUGGAGGAGUUGCAGGGUAUGAGAGGGAGAAUAGAGGAGUAUGACUGGCUGAAGUACCGCAUGGUCGUAUGA